UCCCGAUUCCACUAUAUCCGACAGGCCUUCCUACCACCACUCCUCCGUUCGUUCUGCGCACCUCAGAAUAUAUACUACUGUACCUAGUCCGCAGCCACUUCCUCAAUUGACACCAAACGUGGCCUUGUCAUCGCGCCAACCGCAAGCCCGUCGCUGUCUUGAGCUAUGCUCGCCCGGCAGGCCGGAGCUCUGUCGCGAGCGUCGCACAACUCUCUACGAGCCUCAAUAAUAAGCCGAAGUGUUCCGAGAGCGACCAAUCUUCAGAUCAGGGCCUCCUUCAGCAAUGGCGGGCCCGCGACAUUCCGCAGGCGACCGCAGCUUGCCGCGAACCUACAGAAAGCGCGUCUGAAUCAGCACCGCUCCCCCAUACUACGAUCCGUAUCCACGAAGCCUCUUCCGUCGCCACAGUCGCGUCUGGUCCGAUUCGCAUGGAGAUCAGCGGCGGCAUUGGGAUUGUUCGUCGCUAUGAGCGGCGCGCUCGUCGUCGCAUUGUUCGUCUACGACGCGUCCACAUACAAGGACGAGGCGGAGACGUACGACCUCCCCGUGUCAGAGCUCGCUCUGACCCCAAGAAGAGGCGGGCCGAAGAACCUUCCCAUUGUCGAGUAUUUCGUCGACGAUGAUGAGCCCGACAUGAAAGAGAACAAGCACAAACCUAGGCUGGUCGUGCUAGGCACGGGCUGGGGCAGCGUGGCUGUCCUGAAGCAGCUGAAUCCCAGCGACUACCACGUAACGGUCAUAUCGCCGUCGAAUCACUUCCUGUUCACUCCCAUGCUGCCCUCCGCCACCGUGGGCACGCUGGAGCUGCGGUCACUGAUCGAGCCUGUGCGCAAGAUUGUCAAAAGCGUGCAUGGCCACUUCCUGAAGUGCAUGGCCGAGGACGUGGAGUUUUCAGAAAAGCUCGUCGAGGUAUCUGCGAUUGGAGACGAUGGAAAGAAGCAGCAUUUCUACGUCCCGUACGACAAGCUUGUAGUCGGCGUCGGUUCCGUCACCAAUCCCCAUGGCGUCAAGGGCCUCGAGCACUGCCACUUUCUCAAGGACAUCAGCGAUGCUCGCUUGAUCCGAAACCGGGUUGUUCAAAACUUGGAGAACGCUUGCCUGCCAACAACGAGUGACGAGGAGCGAAGACGCCUCCUGUCGUUCGUGGUUUGCGGUGGAGGACCUACUGGAGUUGAGUUCGCUGCUGAGCUGUUCGACAUGCUCAACGAGGACCUGUGCAAGUACUUCCCCCGAAUUCUGCGCAACGAGAUUUCCGUCCACGUCAUCCAGUCCCGCAGCCACAUCUUGAAUACCUACGAAGCCGCUCUGUCUGAAUACGCCGAGAAGCGCUUUGCCCACGAUGCGGUAGAUGUACAGACCAACUCUCGCGUCAAAGAGGUAUUCCCCGACAAGAUCAUAUACUCCCAAAGGGAUGAAGACGGCAAGAUCAUCACCAAGGAGAUACCCAUGGGCUUCUGUCUCUGGUCCACCGGUGUUGCCCAGACCGACUUUUGCAAAAAGCUGGCUAGCAAGCUCGAAGGACAGAACAACAAGCAUGCACUCGAGACCGACCCGCAUCUCCGUCUAGUUGGCGCUCCCCUGGGCGACGUCUAUGCUCUUGGCGACUGCGCGACCGUUCAAAACAAUGUCAGUGAUAACAUCAUCAGCUUCCUUCGCACAACCGCCUGGGAGAAAGGUAAGGACCCGGAGAAGCUGCAAAUCUCAUACAGCGACUGGCGCACCAUUGGCAAGCGCGUCCGCCAGCGCUUCCCUCAGGCCGCAGACCACCUCCGUCGCCUCGACAAGCUCUUCGCGGAAUAUGACAAGGACUCCAGCGGCACACUCGACUUCGGUGAGCUCAGAGAGCUCCUUUUGCAGAUCGACAGCAAGCUCACCUCUUUGCCGGCAACAGCCCAGCGCGCACAUCAGCAGGGCCAGUACCUCGGUCGCAAGUUGAACAAGAUUGCGCAGGCGGCGCCCGGCAUGCAGCUCAACGAGAUGGACUAUGGCGACUUAGACGAGGCUGUGUACAAGGCCUUCGAGUAUAAGCAUUUAGGUAGUCUGGCAUACAUUGGCAAUGCUGCGAUCUUUGACAUCAACGGUUACGGAAUGAGCGGAGGCCUGUUGGCCGUAUACCUGUGGAGAGGUGUGUACUUUGCGCAGAGCGUGAGUUUCAGGACAAGGUUUCUGCUGGCGAUGGACUGGACAAAACGGGCCAUCUUUGGACGAGAUCUCAUGAACUUCUAAGAGAAGAACCCUUAGGGUCAAUCCGGGAUUGUACAAUGUUUCCAUCUGGGCGGUCUUCCUGGCGUGAGCGCCCUACUUAGAUUUCGAGGGUGCCUGUAUAUCCGUUGUACGAGGCGUUUAGAAUAGCGUUCCCUAUGUCAUCAACUUGUUAAUGACCCUUCACCUUCCCCC